UCCGCGAAGGAAGACAAGGAGCAGGCGCGGCGGCGACGAGCGGGGCGUCUCCUUGGCAGGCUGCCUGGGGGCGGAGCGGGGCCGGGGAAGGCGCAAGAGCCGCCUGUCGCCCUCGGCCGGUCGGCCUCAUGUCCAGCCUGCAGCGGCCCGUGGCGUCUUCCCAGGCGCAGCCUGUCGCCUUGACCGCGGAGCAAGCGAAAGUGGUCCUGGCAGAAGUGAUCAAGGCGUUCGGAGUACCGGAAAAUGCCCAGCGCCUGGAGGAAGCGAGGGAGAACGCUGGCAAUGACAUGGGCAAGAUGUUACAGUUCCUGCUGCCCGUGGCCACUCAGGUCCAGCAGGAUGUGAUCAAAGCCUAUGGCUUCAGUAACGAUGGGGAAGGAGUCCUUAAGUUUGCCCGCUUGAUAAAAUCUUAUGAAUCUCAGGACCCGGAGAUUGCCAACAUGUCAGGGAAGCUGAAAUCCAUGUUUCUCCCUCCGAUGACGCUGCCCCCACAUGGGGCUGGAAAUGGGGGCCUGGCAGCAUCCUGAAGCCCUCAGCCAUCUCUCUGGCCCCUGUUAGUGUCCUGGCAAGCACGUUAGUUGCCUGGAUUCUGGGACGUUUCUCGGUGCAAUGAGAGAUGUUUUGUGAUUUCCGUACACUCUCUUGACUCUGCCCUUUCUGUGAAUUUCUUUUCUGCAGGACAAAGUUUCGGUGUAAAUAUUUUUUUGGUCAUUUUUUUUGGCUGAGUCUGUGUCAAAGUUCACCGCAGUGGGGAGCCAUUUUAGGGGCACAUAAGAUGGAAGUAUUGCUUCGUUCUCUGUAAUCUCAUCCUGCAACCCUAAUAAAUGCUGAGACUUUAUAUACAUGCACAUGGAUGGAUAUAUAAAAAAUGUAAUUUAUAACAA